CUCAAUUAAUUUCCAUUUUCUCUUCACAUGUCAUUAUAAUCUGCUGUAUUUGACUAGUUUUGGAUGUCUGUUGUUGUCAGAGAGCUUCAUUCAUGUGAGUCUUGCUGAAAUGUCCUGGGAAGAUGCUAUGAAUUACUGCAGCUCUCAGUUUUCUGGAGCUCUGUGUCUGGAGUCUGAGAACGAUCAGACAGAAACGCAGCGAGAGUUAAACAGAAAUAAUAUCUCUGCUCCAGUUUGGGUGGGUCUCAGACAGAGCUGUCCUUUCGGAUUCUGGAUGUGGAUCAAUGGUCUUCAAGUGGGAAACUGGACAAACUGGAGAGGAGGAAAGGCUCCUGAAGCUGCGCUUUCUCAACACUGCGCUGCCAUGGAGAAGGUGAACGGACGAUACACACUGACUGAUAAAGACUGCAGGUCUACAUUCAGAGUUGUGUGUGAGAAAAACUAGUGAACACAAAUACACAGAGUAGAUCCUGGACCAACCAAUCAGAUUUCAGCUUAAACAUAAAUAUAUGAUUAUAAGGGUUAGUGGUUUCUACACUUAAUAUUUAGCUAUUCUUGAUAUUGUGUUUUUAUGAUUAGACGUUUAGUAGGUUUUUGGACAUAAAUGCAGAUUGAAAUAUAUUGAUCUACAAACAUUUCUUUGGCAGGAUCACUGUCAGGGGAACUAAUAUAUCAUGUAUAACUAGUUAUCUUUGCUGUAGUUUUGUUCAUCUCUGAUCUCUUGUAUUAUUGGUUGUGAUUUCUAUAAGUCGUGUGUGUAGUUUGAUGCUUUCAGUCAAUAUCACUUUUGUGUCAAGUAG